AUGGCCAUACAAUCAAAGCAGCAACCCGGCCCGGUUACUGCAUCGACUGAUGUCUUGGACAUGCCCUUGGACUUUCUUGGCCAAGCCCACUUUCUCCAUAUCUAUACCCAGCUGUGCCUCUGUUAUUCAGUGGCAAAUCCUGCCUUACAUCCCGCAAUUCUCAGCACGCUGCGUAAAGGUCUUGAACGCCUUUCGUGGGGCUUCCCAUGGAUAGCCGGCCAAGUUGUCAAAGAAGGCGCCAACGGAGAAAGCACCGGAGUCUACAAGCUAAAGUCGUUUGAGAAGGUUGUGUCACUGAACGUGAAGGACCUCAGCAAUGACCGCUCAUUUCCCAGUAUGGAUGCCCUCAGGAAGGCCAACUUUCCUAUGAAAAUGCUGGGUGAGAGCAUCCUUGCCCCUCGCAGGACUAUACCAGGAUUUCCCGACGAAGCUGGUUUGAAAAAUACGCCAGCCUUACUCGUCCAGGCAACCUUCCUAGCCGGCGGCCUCCUGCUCACCGUUGCCAGCCACCAUGCUGCGAUGGACAUGACUGGGCAGGGCCACCUCAUGAGCCUCCUCUCCAAGGCAUGCCACGGUGAAUCGUUCGCUGCGCAAGAGCUCAUGAUUGGGAAUCUCUCCCGCCACAAUCUCAUCCCCUUCCUAGACGAUACGUAUCAGCCUGGCCCAGAAGCUUCCAUCCUACAUUUCAAGGCUCAACCAGACCCUAAACCCACAUCCACACCUUCCAGCCCAAUAGAGGCAGAAGUCGACGUGAACAAGGAGAAACUCAACCAAGCACCACCGCCCUGUUCCUGGGCCCAUUUCACCUUCCGCCCAUCCUCCCUGCAAGCCCUCAAAUUCAUCGCCACAGCAACAAAGCCUUCAUCAGCCCGCUUCAUCUCCACAGAUGACGCCCUCUGCGCCCUCAUCUGGCAAGCCAUUUCCCGCGCCCGCCUCGCACGCCUCCCACCAAUGACAGAGUCAACGCUCGGCCGCGCCGUCGACCUCCGUCCGCACAUAGACACCAUCCCAAACACGUAUCUCGGCCUAACGCAGAACAUGGUCAUGAGUAACCUCACCCUAGAUUCUAUCACGACCUCCACCUUAGGCGCGAUCUCCGCCAAUCUUCGCUCAACACUCGCCCGCGGGACCUCAAAUAUCCUAUACGAUACCUCCGCCCUAGCAACCGUCAUCACCCGCGCAGCGAACAAGACAGAGGCCUUUGCCCAUGAGUUCCUCGAUUAUACCAAGGACAUUGCGAUCAGCUCCUGGAAGGAAGUGAACUGCUCUAAACUGGAUUUCAACCUUGGCUUAGGCUUUCCGGAGGCCUUGCGCAGACCUUCCUUCACGCCUUUGGAGGGCGUGAUCUUUUUCUUACCCAAGGCGCUUGAUGGAGAGGUGGGCGUUGCUAUUUGCCUUAACGAUGAGGACAUGGCCAGACUGAAAGGUGAUGGAAAGUUCAUGAAGUAUGCAACCUUUGUUGGGUAG